AAGGGGUCCAGGUGAGUGGAAGUUAUGUGAGCAGAGUCCUCAAGAGGGGGUUCCAGGUGAGCGGAGUCCUCAAAAGGGGAUUCCAGGUGAGUGGAAGUUAUGUGAGCAGAGUCCUAAAGAGGGGGGUUCCAGGUGAGCGGAGUCCUCAAAGGGGAUUCCAGGUGAGUGGAAGUUAUGUGAGCGGAAUCCUCAAGAGGGGGGUUCCAGGUGAGCGGAGUCCUCAAAGGGGAUUCCAGGUGAGCGGAAGUCAUGUGAGCAGAGUCCUAAAGAGUGGGUUCCAGGUGAGUGGAGUCCUCAAAAAGGGAUUCCAGGUGAGCGGAGGUCAUGUGAGCAGUGUCCUCAGGAGGAGAGUGAGCAGAGUCUGCAAUUGAUCCAGAAUCGCAAGUAGUGCAUCACCUGAGGGUGGUAAAGCGUUGUAAGACGACACUGGAUCCCCAGGAGAGAACAGAGACUAGUGUACGUGUAAAUCAUUGUUGAAUACACGUCCUUGAUCUGAUAGAAUGACCUGAGGCAGACCCAUUCUCAUAAAGGAAAAACUGUGUAACUGCAUGCUGUGAGUGACUUGGCUAAAAUGAAUCCCAGGUACCUUCUAAUCUGUUUGAUUGGGACAUGGUUGAUGCUACCUCGUACUGCAGCUCAAAGAGGUGUUUGCUAUGAGCAAACGUCCGCUGUGAGGUACUAUACGAUCUACCACAGUAGAACUCACAAGGAGACCUAUGACUGUAGCUGGUGGGGGUGGGGUUGGCACUCCUGCAACAGGUAUAGAAAUGAAGUUUACAGUUCCCAAGCAUUCUACACUGUGUACAUGAGGAGGCAAUUUUGCUGCCCUGGUUACACUGAAGUUCGAGGAAGGUGUACACUUCCGCUGGCCAUCAGGCCAAGUUACGGUCACCUUUUUGGAGGGACUCCUGUUCUUGUAUCAGGUCCGUACUUCUCUCCUACUGAUACCGUCACCUGCCAGUUUGGAGAUGUUACCUUGACAGCCAUGUAUAUCAACGAAGGCAGUAUUUUGUGUGUAUCCCCAAUGCUUGAGAAAAUCGGAGAGACACCGUUAAUUGUGUAUGUGGUUGCCACUGAUGGAGUAACCCGAUAUGAUUCCACCUUUAACACAAUCUCUCCCGAUCGUGCUCAUGUGGUGGACAUUAACUCAGAGUCUCCAACUCUUAUGCUCGAGCCCGUCAAGUCUGCCACCAUAACAUGGACUCCCGAGGACGUCACCCCCAGCUACCUACCAGCAACCACAAAUGUGAAUAUCGAUAUUACAUCAUACAAACAGGAGUACACACAAAAUGAAGGAGAGUGGAAAGUUAACUGGGAAAGUGCUACUGUUUUGGCUUUGAGUGUACCAGUUGAAGAUCGUGAAGUUCAAGUAUUCAUUCCACCGCUGGCUCUGAACUGCAGACUGCCAUUACAUGAUAACACACGAUCUGUAGACGUUGGAUUAUGCCCUGUGAUAAUAAAGGUAUCAGUUAGCGAUAAUGAAGGAGAACUUUCUUUGCCAAAUUCUGUUGGUUUGUGGUCUGGGGUAAUGUUUAUGAAAUCGAGUUUUUCAUUCGAUAAUUUUCGUGAUGUGUGCACAAGAUGGAGUGGUUACGAAAUGGAUUCUGGUGUGACUGGUCAAAGCUUGCUUCAAAGAGUUAUUCCCUGUCCACCAACUCAAGCAUUAGCUAGAAAUGAUAGAUCGUUUGAGGAGGAGAGAAUGACAUCAUUAUUCAGAGCAACUAGCUACUCUCAAAAAGCAAUGGUUUUUUUCCAUUCUGGUGUAACGUCUUGCUAUCGACAAUUUACGCCUAAUUUUGAUGGUGUUGGACAGCAAUGCUGUUAUGGACCUAUUGGUAACCUCAUGAAAGGAGAGACAUCAGGAGGAAGUGUCGACACCAUGUCCCCGAAGUUUAAUUACAACAGACAUUUAUCCGAUGACGUUCUACCGUACAUUUAUUGCUGCAAAGGCGAGACUGGUUCGACUAAAUGUAAUGAGUACUACAAAUGGAGGCCUUCAGGCCAAGAGAUUCAAUAUCGUUUACCCCUACCAGCUUGCAUCUUCGGGGAUCCACACAUCAUCACCCUUGAUGGCCUCAAGUACACAUUUAAUGGCAAGGGAGAGUUCACGAUGAUUGAGACAAGUGACAACUCCUUCACACUUCAAGGAAGAAUGGAGACUAUUCUUAACUCUGACGGCACUCCCACUUUAGGAACUGUGUUCACUGCUCUUGUGGCAAGAGAAGAAAGCACUAACACAACUGUGCAAUUUAAUCUCCAGGGUAAUGGUGCUCAAGUUCAUGUCAAUCAUAGAAUCAUCAAUUUUGAUGAUGUUAAUUCUGAGAUCAUUAAGGAAAAUGUGACUGUUGCCAGCAAUGCAGCUAAAUCAUUUAGUGCUGUUUUUAAGCUGGGAGCCAAGAUGGAGAUUAAGGUUGAGAAUGGAAUCAUCUCAGUCAUGUUGAUCACUCUGCCAAACUCUCUGAAAGGGAAGACCCGAGGACUGAUGGGCACUUUCAAUGAAGAUACGAGUGAUGACUUGGUUCCAAAAUCUGAAGAAAAAGCAAUUCCAUCGAACUCUUCACUAGAAGACAUUCAUUACAUGUUUGGAAUGACAUGGAUACUGAAGUCAGCAAGUGAGAGCCUCUUCACUUAUAAUGCAGGAGAGAGCUUCAUACUUUCCUAUGAUCCAAAUUUCAACCCUGUUUUUGAAACCACCUUCAAGAAUGCGGAUCUUGAAGACAAGGCGAGAGAAGUUUGUGGAAAUGAUGAGUACUGUCUCUUUGACAUAGCCACUACUAACAAUGUGAAGAUAGGAAUGGCCACAAUGCGUGGAGUGGAGAGCUUUGAUGAGAUGGUUGAGAUGGCUGUUCCUAUUGUGUGUGACCCUCCCUGUGUGAACGGAGCUUGUGUUCAGAACAACAAUUGCAGCUGCAAUGAAGGAUAUGAGGGAGACACUUGUGAUGUUUCUGUUGUCUCAGCUUGUGACACCAACAUCUGUGAAAACAAUGGAGUGUGUGUAAAGCAUGUCCUCACAUAUACUUGCAAUUGUCCCAACGGAUAUAUUGGAGAUUACUGUGAAGAGAAAGAACCUCCAUUCCAAAUUCGUCUAAUAAAUAGCAGUCCAAGGGUGAGUGAAGGGAGGGUAAUCGUUGAUUUCGAGCCUACCAUGCCACUUUUAUCUGCUGAGUGCUUUUUGAUAGGAGGAAGAGGAACUGAUUGUACCGAGGGGCAUGUGCAAUAUGAUAACAUUCCAGCUGGAUCUCACAUAUUUCUCAUUCACGCUACAUCAGAAUUAGGAGAAAAAUUUACUGUUAGAAGAACUAUUCACAUUGGAGAGAGUGGUGAUGAACAGUUUUGUGCUGUCCACCUGAUAAAUGAGGGGGUAAUCGUUGAUGGAAGGACUGCGUCUAUCUUCUUUAAAGGAACCGAAGCUGUAGACUCUUACCUCUGCAAACUGAGUAGUCUGGAUAGCUCUGAUAAUGCUAAUCCCAGUUCAUGUCGCAGUCCUGUGCGUUAUCAGGAUUUGGAGAUUGGUGAAUAUCGUGUCCAAGUUCUCCCUGUUGGGUGUGAUUCGCAAGGGAAGAAGUUGUCCACUAAGUUCAACAUUUACUGACAGUAUACUAGUUUUGCAUAAUUAUGCAUGUAUCUAUAUAUAAGUUGAACUAAACUGAACUAUUAAACUUAUAGAAGGUGA